AUGAGUGGCAAGCAAAAAUCACGAGAUAAAAUCGUUUUUGAUUGGUUUAUGAAAGAUUUAUUAGGCUAUAGUGGUCCAACAAUCAAGCCUACAGCUCAGCAAGUUUUCAUGAAGAGUCUGGUUGAUGUGGCAGCGGCUGAUGGAACAUUCAGCGAACAGGAACGGGAAUGGAUAGUGGGUUUUGCUACUAUUAGUGGAUAUCCACAAGAACUGGUUAAUGAACUCGAAAAAUAUGAACCAGGACAAUGUUCUGAUGUAAAAAAUUAUUUUCAGAAUGUCCAUUUGCCCUAUGUGAAAAAGUCUGGACUGUCUGUCAUCUAUCAUGGCAUUCGAGCUGCUUCUGCAGAUGGUGAAUUACAUGCAAAAGAAAUCGAAGCGAUUUAUACUCUUGCCAAAAAGCUUGGUAUUAAUGAUGAACAAGUACAACAAGUGCGUGCAAUAUGUGACGAAGAAAACAAACUCCGUCAGAAACGAGCAAUACUUCUUUUUCCACAUAGUUUUGAUGAUGCUUUGAACGAAUUUUAUAAACAUCAUUGA